AUGUUUAGAGUGUCCAAGAGAAUGACGCAUACAUCGAAACUACUCACUCUACCAAAGACAUCAUCAUUCACAAAGCACAUUGCGCCUGAUAAAAGAAUCCCCGAUGUGGAAACCGCCCUCAAAAAUGAAAAUGCCGUCACCAAUACUCCUAGGAAUUUGAUUGGAGGCGGCUUUUCUUGGGUGUUGCCUACACCACGGAACGACUAUGAUUUUCUAAUUGCCAACCCCAGGGCUAUGCGGGAUUUGGGCUUGGACGCUAGCGAAGCAGGGGAACCAAUCUUUCAGGAAAUUGUCAGUGGCGAGUUCUACAACGACAAAAAGACCUUUUUGGAGAAAGGGUUCCCCAUGCCCUAUGCGCAGGCAUAUGCUGGUUGGCAAUUUGGCCAAUUUGCAGGUCAAUUGGGCGAUGGCCGCGUUGUCAACUUGUUUGAAAUACCCAAGCCGGACGCCAAGGGCAAACAAGAUAACAGAGGAGUCUUUGAGAUUCAGUUGAAAGGUGCCGGCAAGACCCCGUAUUCGAGAUUUGCCGAUGGGAAAGCAGUGUUGCGAUCGUCGAUUAGAGAAUAUAUCAUAUCUGAGCACUUGAAUGCCAUUGGGAUUCCAAGCACACGUGCGUUGGCGUUGACCUCGCUACCAUCGACGUUGGCACAACGGCAUGCCGCAGAACGGUGUGCUGUCGUUGCCAGGUUUGCUGAGAGUUGGGUGAGAUUGGGCACUUUUGACUUGUAUAGGUAUAGAGGGGACAGACACGGCAUUAGAGCUUUGUCAGAUUACGUGGUGAAUGAGUUGUUUACGAUUGACGGCAAAAAGUUUCAAAAUUAUGAACAAAUAGCCCAAUUGAGGCCCGAUUUGCUCACCAUAAAGGAUGGGGAGCUUAGUGACUACGACAAGAUGUACUAUGAGAUAAUCAUUAGAAACGCAGAGACAACGGCAAUGUGCCAGUGCUAUGGGUUCUUGAACGGGGUUUUAAACACUGACAACACCUCGGUGCUUGGGUUGACGAUAGAUUUUGGCCCCUUUUCCAUCAUGGACAAGUACGAUCCAAACUAUACGCCCAAUUCUGAAGACCAUCAGGCACGGUAUGGGUACAGGAAUGUUCCAACUGCUAUAUGGUGGAACUUGACCCGCUUGGGUGAAGAUUUGGCGGAAUUGAUUGGUGCUGGGCCAAAGCUCUUGAGUGAUGCUGCUUUUGUUGAAGGAGUUAAAGAGGAGUGGGAAGAUGACAUAAUCAAACGAGCAACCAAGAUUAUUGAGAUUGGCUCCGAGAUAUACAUGUACUCAUUCACCAAGAAAUACGUUGAGACUUUUUUCCAGCGGUUGGGAUUGUCGACGCAAUUGAUUGACGUCAAGAACCCCGAUUUGCAAAAUGUCAAUUUGAUUGAUGCCAUGUUGCAAGUGUUGCAAAAGUUGCAAACGGAUUUCAACUUGUUCUUUUUGCAGCUACAAAAUGUUGACUAUCUGAAGACGGACAAAGAGAUUGCCGAGUUAUUUUUGGCCAAUUACGAUGCCAACACCCACCGCGACCACAAGGAAGACAUUGUCAGCCAGUUUGUGGCGUGGUUGGAAACUUUUAGAGAAUACAGGGAAAAAUCCGCAAAAAACUUUGCAGAUACGCCAGAUGCGGCCAACUACAAUCCCAAGUUUUUGCCACGAAACUGGAUUUUGGAUCAAGUUAUAGCUCAAGCGUCGGACUCUCGUGGCGGGAAUAUAACCUAUUUGGAGAAGUUGCAGCGGAUGAGCUCGAACCCGUUUGAUGAGACUAAAUGGGGCCCCGAGUUGAAAGACGUGGAAGAAUCGUGGAUGCUACAAGGGAACAAGGGAGACGCAUACUCGAUGUUGCAAUGCAGCUGCUCUAGUUGA